CUGGAUUUGUCCCUAUUCCUGCUGCCGCUGCCGCGCUGGUCGAGAAGAAAUUCCGCGACAGCACCCAGCAACGCCGUCGGACCUUCCGACCCAACAGCAGCUAUGCUCCGAUCAUGCCGGUCGGCCCGGCUGCUCCUAACUCAAACUCGCCUACCAUGGAGUCGAACUAGCACCGGCGGUCCGUCGCUUCCGGCAAGAACAUCAUCGGGGUCGGGGACGGCGACGGCGACGGGAACGACGAGAACGCUCGCCACUGCCGUCGGCCGGGAGAUCUCGGCUCGCCAGGCCGCGCCUGUGUCCCAGGAGCCGACCGAGCGCGACAAGAUUACGACGCUCUCCAACGGCAUCCGCGUCGCCUCGGAGGAUCUGCCCGAUGCUUUCUCGGGCGUCGGCGUCUAUAUCGACGCCGGGUCGCGGUAUGAAAACGAGUCGCUGCGGGGAGCAAGCCACAUCAUGGACCGGCUGGCCUUCAAGUCGACCGGAUCGCGGUCUGCCGACGAGAUGCUGGAGACGGUCGAAAAGCUGGGAGGGAACAUCCAGUGCGCCUCGUCUCGGGAGUCCAUGAUGUACCAGGCCGCCACCUUCAACUCGGCCAUCCCCACCACCGUCGGCCUGCUGGCCGAGACGAUCCGCGACCCGAAACUCAGCGACGAGGAGAUAGCCCAGCAGGUCGAGACGGCCGAGUACGAGGUGAGGGAGAUCUGGUCCAAGCCCGAGCUGAUCCUGCCGGAGCUGGUGCACACGGCGGCCUUCAAGGACAACACGCUCGGGAACCCGCUGCUCUGCCCGCAGGAGAGGUUAGGGGCCAUCAACAAGAGCGUUAUCCAGGCGUACAGGAACGCCUUUUACAAACCGGAGCGCAUGGUGCUGGCCUUCGCCGGCGUGCCGCACGAAGAGGCAGUCAGACUGGCCGAGAAGUACUUCGGCGACAUGAAGGGCUCAUCAGAGCCUACGCUCUCGAGGACAGGGUCGGAAAGCUCGCUAGAUUCUUUGGGCUCGGGGUCGAGCGAAUCGUCCGGCGUCUCAUCUUCGUCAACGGCGUCGGAACCUUCUCCCCCCGAGCCAUCCGGCUUGCUUUCCAAGAUUCCCUUCCUCAAAAACCUCGCACAACCCGGCUCCUCCUCCUCCCUGUCCACCUCCAUCACCCCGAUCUCCGCCGACGACCUGACCCGCCCAGCACACUACACUGGCGGCUUCCUGUCCCUCCCCCCGCAACCACCGUCCUUGAACCCCAACCUGCCCACCUUCACCCACAUCCAGCUCGCCUUCGAGGGCCUGCCCAUCUCCUCCGACGAUAUCUACGCGCUCGCGACGCUGCAGACGCUCCUCGGCGGCGGCGGCUCCUUCUCGGCCGGCGGGCCCGGCAAGGGCAUGUACUCGCGGCUGUACACCAACGUGCUGAACCAGCACGGCUGGGUCGAGUCGUGCGUCGCCUUCAACCACUCGUACACGGACUCGGGCCUCUUCGGCAUCGCCGCCUCGUGCUACCCGGGCCGCACCGCCGCCAUGCUGCAGGUCAUGUGCCGCGAGCUGCACGCGCUCACCCUCGAGUCCGGCCACGCGGCCCUCAACCCGAUCGAGGUCGCCCGCGCCAAGAACCAGCUGCGCAGCAGCCUGCUCAUGAACCUCGAGAGCCGCAUGGUCGAGCUCGAGGACCUCGGCCGCCAGGUCCAGGUCCACGGCCGCAAGAUCCCCGUGCGCGAGAUGACCCGCCGCAUCAACGCGCUCACCGUCGACGACCUGCGCCGCGUCGCCCGCCUCGUCGUCGGCGGCCUGGUCGAGAACCGCGGCCGCGGCAGCGGCGCCCCCACCGUCGUGCUGCAGGAGGCCACCGCGCACGGCGUCAGGACCGCCGAGAUGCCGUGGGAUCAGAUACAGGACGUGGUGUGGCAGUGGAAGCUGGGUAGGCGGUGAUGGGGAUGGAAAUUGGAUAUGGGGUUUGGUUGUCCUGGAAGUAUUCUAGGAGGCAUGUGUAAGACUAGCGGGAAGACGGGGAUCUGUGUGUGUAAUGUUACAUAAAAUUUAGAAUUAUUCCGGAUAAGAUGAAAUCAUUGUAUAGACCAAGAUCGCCUUGGACAAUACCCAGGGGAGGAAGUAAUCGUAAGGCGCCUGCUUCGUUCUGUACCCAUGAUCGGGGUGCGGUCGGUGCCAAGCACUACAGGUAGGCUUAGGAUAUCGGCGUUGGCUAGGUUCAAUCAACCCUCUCUCUUCACCUUCCG